UUCGGACAAGGGGCGGGACCAACAACUACUGUCGAGCUGCCUGUUUACUGUUAACGUUACUGUAUGUUUUUCGCUACUAAGCCGUUAUACUAACAACGAAAACAAGAUUCACCAAAGCACAUCCGGUAACCAGGUGAGGAGAUGACGGAGGAGAGCGAGGAGCCGAAGGGACGCGUCGAGGAAGCGAGCUUCAGGCUGCACAUGGUCACCUGGAACGUGGCGACCGCUGAUCCUCCCGAGGACUUCACGCUGCUUCUCCACCUGAACUCCCCUAAGAGGCCCGACCUCUACGUCAUCGGCCUGCAGGAGGUCUCCUCCCGGCCGCUCCGGUUCGUGUCCGACAGCGUGUUCGAUGACCCGUGGACCAAGCGGCUCAUGGACACAUUGUCGCCACGGCGAUACGUCAAGUUGUCGUCCAUCAGAAUGCAGGGUCUGCUGCUGCUCGUCUUCUCCAAACUGACCCACGUCCCCUUCAUCAGGGACAUCCAGACCACCUACACACGCACGGGCGUCUUCGGCUACUGGGGCAACAAAGGCGGCGUGUCGGCCCGCCUGUCCUUCUACGGCCACAUGCUGUGCUUCCUCAACUGCCACCUGGCGGCUCACAUGGACUUCGCCUCGCAGCGGGUGGACGAGCUCGAGUACAUCGUGGACGCGCAGACGUUCCACUGCCAGAAGGCCCCGAAGAUCGACAACCACCGUCUGAUGUUCUGGUUCGGAGAUCUCAACUUCAGAAUCCAGGACCACGGGAUGCACUUUGUCCGGUCGUGCAUCAAGGAUCAGACCUACGACCUCCUGUGGAGCAAAGAGCAGCUGACCAUGAUGAAGGAGAAAGAGCAGAUCCUCCAGCAGUUUGAGGAAGGGCCUUUGGACUUCCCCCCCACCUACAAGUUUGACCUGAACUCCGACACCUAUGACAGCAGGCUCUACAGGACUUGGUUUGGCUUAACCGGAAAGAAGCGGAAACCCGCCUGGACCGACCGGAUUCUGUGGCGCCUCCGAAGCAAGGCGCCGCCCUCCGACGGGGCAGCUGAGGAGAAGGCGUGGAGCGCUGAGGAGGAGGAUGAGGAGCAGCAGGAGGAGGAGGAGGAGGAGUACCCGCUGAGGGUCAGGCAGGACUUGUACACCAGCCACAUGGAGUACAGGAUCAGCGACCACAAGCCCGUCAUCGGCGUCUUCACGCUGGAGCUGAGGAAGAAAUCCGACGCUCCUCUGGUGAGUCUGCAGGCGGAGGGCGACUGGAGCGCCGACAUGGACGCCAUGGUCCUCUACCGCCCCCUGCAGCCCUUCGCCUCCAGCGCCUGGGACUGGAUCGGACUCUACAAGGUCGGCUUCUGCAGUGUGUCGGACUACAUCACCUACACCUGGGUCAAAGACAACCAGGUGGCCUCCAAUGAAGAAGUCAUUCAGGUGUACGUCAGUAAAGAGGGGAUCCCCGUGCGUGGAGCACAGUGUGUGUUGUGUUACUACAGUAACACUCUGCAGAGCAUCAUCGGAGUCAGUGAGGCGUUCAAGGUCCAUGAGUCCAAGGUGGCCGGCGAGGAAGGUUUUUUCCACGAGAAGAUCGGCGCCCUGGAGCUCGCCGUGUUCACAGAGGACCUCUAGAACCCCCUCCGUCUGGGGGGGCUGUUCGAUGGAAGCGGAUGUAUUUGGGUCCAGGUGGUCCGAGGCUUUUAAUUGCUGUGUUUUCCUAACUCGCCCCCAAAGGAGAGCGAUCAGGAAGUGGUGCCUGUGCGUCCUCGCCGACCUCCUCGUUGCUGCUGCUGCUGCUGCUGGUGCUGCUGGUGGUGGUGGUGGAGGUGGAGGUGGUGCUGCUGGGCGGAGUUCUCACCAACGGACAGGUGUUGAGUCUGAAGGUUCCGUGGGCUCCUUCAUCAACAGGAGGAUGGAAACUCAAACAUGGAUAAGGGGCAACAUUUGGAUUUAUUAUAUCACAACAUGUUCAAUAGACCACAAAGCAGGGUAUGCUUUAGGGCGGGGCUUACUGUGAUUGACAGGUUCCUACUAGAACGUUAGUACCGUCUCUGACUCCUCCAAAGUCCAAAUAUGGUCACUUCCACUUAAACCCCCUAAGAUGGCGACGCAUAAAAUGUUGACCUCGAGCUUGAAAACAUGUGUUCAUAAAAGCUGAAUCGUGUGAUCAGUCCUUUCUCAACUUUGAAUAUUUAUCUUCUGACGGCCGCAAAUAUCAAAAAGGGAACUGAACUAAAGCUCGUUGUCUCUUUCCCGUCGUCGAUGUCCAUUCAAGUGAUUUCAUUUUUAAGGGAUGUUCCCUUGGUUACUGCAGGAUAUGAAUGAAUUAAUAUUAUGAAUCUCUGCGUUACGAAGUGUAUUCUCCACUGUUCUGUUAGAAUAUUCACAUGCUGCUUCAGGAGGAUAAGAGGAGAUUAUUUAAAGAGCUCACGUGGUUCCUAAAUGUUAUUCAUUCCCUUGAAUUACUCAUCGAGGAACCACAGUUUAUUGUUAAUUGAUACGUGUUUAGAGGUUUAUCGUUGGUGUAAACUAAAGGAAUAUAAAUAUCAUUUCAGACAACAAGGAUUCACCGAGUGCCUUUGAAAUGAUUGAAGCUUUAUGGAGACGGAAAUAUUCAGAUUAUUUAUCAGAACUCAUCCUCCUGAUCUUAAAUAUUUCCGUUGUAAGCUUUCAGUAGAAAGUUAUUAUUGGCUGGCUGGAAUCAAUUAUUGGCCAAUUUGUCUUUUUCUGUUAAAUAUUUUGUACUAAUAAGAGAUAUUUUCUGAAAUACAGAUAAAGUGUAACGUACUGUAAGGAUUCCAGCGUGUGCAGCUCUGCAAAACAAAUAUUAAAUAAUUCUCACUUUA